UGAACACGACUUUUGCAACGAACUGCCAUACAGCUACCACAUCGAGUUAAAUUUCGCAUCAAUUUAGCAUGGGAACAGGUCCAUCAGCCAAAAAAAAGGGGUCACGCUCAAAGAUCAAAAAGUACAAGCGAGCAACUUGGCUGUGUAAUCGAGCAAAAGACAGGGAUCAAAUUCAAGAUGAAAUAGAAAAGGCCGAGGAAACGGGAAAGCCCAUUUCAUUUGAAUACGACGAUGAACUGCCUGGUGGCGGACAAUUUUACUGCGUAGAGACGGCAAAACAUUUCACCGACGCAAAGGCACUUGCAGAUCAUAAGAAAUCUCGUUAUUACAAGAAGAGAAAAAAGGAACUACAAGAAGAAAAAUAUACUCAGGAAACAGCAGAAUGGGCAUCGGGAAUGACGAAAGAAAAACUUCCACCGGCGCAUCCGAAGAAAUAAGGGGAAGGGAAAUCGGCGUUCUUAGAAGGGCCCACAGAUCGGAAUAGAAGCGACUAGUUUGGUACAAAGAAAAUUGCAGCCGAUCGUGUUUUAAAUUUCGAUAUCAGUCGAUAGGACGUUGGGAAUGUAUCAAUUUGAUUUCUACAAUUGGAUUUGAUAUGCAUCAUACUGCAUAUUGACAGGAUCUGCAUCACGAUAUAUUUCCGAGGAAAAAUAAAUGAGCAAGAACUGUACUUGUAGGUGUAUUUUUUGAAAUCUCAUAUUUCUUAGUGCAAGCAGUGGCAAGACCAGAUCCAGGCUACACGAACCAAGAAAAGAGUCAAACCGAUAAUUUUAAUUAAACACUCCGCGGUUG